GUGCUAUACAUUACAUGUACUGCUAUGAUAGCUGUACACAUGCAGCCUACUCUAGAUAUCUUGCCUUUUCAGACUGUUUUAAUACAUUUCAUCUCUCAGUUCGUGUUACCCCGGCCUCAUCAUGGUUAUGUUGCUGCUACCACCAGCAAUAUCAGACACAGAUGAAACAGAAAUAUAUGGCACCCUGACCGCUCCAACCUCGGUCCAAAUUGAGCCUGUUGGACGAUGGUUUGAAGUGAGGCUCCACAGACAGCGCAAUCACCUGUCAACAUCGUACACAGAAUCAUUGCCAAGUGAUGAUGACGAGGAGGAGUCCGCCGAGGAGGAUCUCUAUGAUGAUGAUGAAGAUGAUGCUAUGCUCCAAACUUUAGAUCCCAAGGAGUAUAAGGACCAUGAUCACUAUGCAAUACUGGGGCUCUCUAAACUGAGAUACAAAGCAACACAACAUGACAUCAAGAAAGCUCACAAGCGAAAGGUUCUGAAGCAUCAUCCAGACAAAAGAGAUGACAGGAAAACCAGAGUAAGGAAAUCUGGAGAUGAUGAUUACUUCUCUUGUAUCACAAAAGCGUAUGAGAUUCUUGGUAACCUAGUGAGAAGACGAGCAUAUGACAGUGUUGAUCCUGAGUUUGAUAACGACGUCCCUCCAAAUAACCAGCAGUCAAAGGACAAAUUCUUCAAGACCUUUACUGACCCUUUCAAGAGAAAUGCUAGGUGGUCUAUAAAGAAGCCUGUUCCUGAUCUUGGUGAUGACAAAUCAACUUAUAAGGAUGUAAAUAACUUCUACAACUUCUGGUACGACUUCCAAUCGUGGAGGGAGUUUUCCUACCUCGAUGAGGAGGAGAAGGAGAAGGGAGAAUGCAGAGAAGAGAGGAGAUGGAUAGAUAAACAGAAUAGGGCUGAGAGACAGCGGAGGAAGAAGGAAGAAAAUGCAAGGAUGAGAUCACUUAUUGACAAUGCCUACGCUUGUGAUCCCCGCAUCAAACGAUUCAAGGAUGAGGAGAAGGAGCGCAAGGCUAGCGAGAAGCGAGCCAAACAAGAGGCAGUCAAAGCAGCAGCCAUGGAGAAAGAAAGGGAACGGCUGGCUGUCCUUGAAGCAGAGAGGUUAGCCAAAGAGAAGGAAGCGGAAGAAGCUAAAGCAAAGGCACAAGCAGCCAAGAAGGGGAAAGAGGCACUCAAGAAAGCCAUGAGGAAAGAAAGAAAAGCCUUGAGAGAAACCUGUAAGAAACAUGGGUACUUUGCUCCUGAGGAUGGCCUUGUGAAAGCAAUGGAAGACAUGGAGAAGUUAUGUGAAAGAUUAUCUUUGGUCAGAUUAAAAGAGGUCAACGAGAGAUUCAGCAAAGCAGAUGAAGAAGAACAAUCAAAGGCUGUUUUUGAAGAAGAGGUGGCUGCACUUACAGCGGAGACUGAACGAGCGCACCAGGAGGAGCUACGUAAACAGCAGGAGCUCCUCGCGAGCUCCAAGGCAGGGGAUGGAGGUGAUGGAUCCAAGGGAGGUAAAGCCUGGAGCGAAGGCGAUACACAGCUCCUCAUCAAAGCAGCUAACAUCUUUCCCCCAGGCACAAGCUCUAGGUAUGAAGUGAUUGCAAAUUACAUCAAUAAUCAUUCCACAUCAGGGAGCAACAGAGCUGCCAAGGAUAUCAUUAAUAAGACUAAGAAUCUACAGAGAUUAGAUGGCGGUAUGAAGGCAGCAGCUAACGAGAAGGCAUUUGAGAAGUUUCAGCAGGCUACCGGAGCCAAGCUUAAGAAAUCGGAUGAAGCCCCUCCUUCAGAGAACUUUGAAGGUGGAGAGGGCGCUGCUGCUCCUGCUGCUGCUGUAGAAGGUCCUAAAGCAUGGCAGACGGAUGAACAGAAGAGAUUAGAGCAAGCCUUGAAGACAUUCCCUGCCAGCGCUACAGACAGAUGGGAUAAGAUCUCUGAGGCUGUACCUACCAGGACUAAGAAAGAGUGCAUGAAGAGAUAUAAGGAACUUGUUGAGAUGGUGAAGGCCAAGAAGGCAGCACAAGCUCAGGUCAAGGCCAAAAAGCCAUGAUCAGUCUCAAGCCCUGACCAAGCCUUUCACCCCAGUGCUCAUAGAUUUACCAGCUUCUGUAAUGUAACACAUCUUUCACCUCAACUAAUUCCUGGCUUUUUUACGAAUUGAUAUUGGGCCAUAUUUAUUUUACUGAAGCAAAUGCUGACAGAGAACAAUGGCUCUAUGCAUUAUACGUCAAGGGGCAUUGCAACUAGGGGAAUUUGAACAAUGGCAUGUACCUCAACUUGUCCGUAUAGUGCAGUCAAGGUUUACUUGAUCAAUGUGUGAGGCAGGCCAGAAAUACGCAUAUGGAUUUGGGCACCUAUUUUUAAAAAAUGGUUUAAGGAAACUUUUUUUGUUGUUCUUCUUAUCCCUGUACACUUUUCACAUUCGCUGCAGAGAGUAGGUUGAUCAUACUGGCUGUUGAAUGGGACAAAAUAGUUUUGUGAUUGAUGAAAUUUAUAAUUUUUAAAAAUUCUGCAAUUGCUUCUUGCUACUUGAAGUUAGAAAAAGAGUGGAAGUGCUUAUAUUUGCUUGCUUUUGCUCAGUGAUAUUUCAAACUACCAGUAUGACUAAAACUGGAAUGAAGCACUGAGGCACUCUUCUACUACAAGUAGUGAAGAAGUUUUUAUCAUCAUCAUAUAACAUUUCCCAUAACAAAGCAAUGAGAUAUCUUAAGUCUUUGAAAGUACAGUGUAUAACAUACUAUAUGAUCUAAUUUUUUACCAUACAUAGACUUGGUUAGAUUUGCCUUGGAAAAAAUGGCAAUUAUGUCAAGAUAUGCCAAUCUCUUUCUGUUUGAGUGAGCCAUUGUUUGAAUGAAUGUUUAAAUCUUUAUCCUUUUGAAUUGAGGGAAUCGCCGAUGUAGUAGGGACCUUAUCAAAUCAAUUUACUGAGCUGAUUAGGAUUUCAUUAUUGUAAUCAAAUUGUAACUUUCAGAGCAAUGGAACUAUUUCAUUACAUAGAUGUAAUUUGUAAUGGCAUUGCAUAUAUAUUUAUCUGAUUUUCACUUUAUUUAAGUACCGGUAUCCAUUUCCUUCAUGUUUUCUUUUAUUAAUUACAAGUCACAGAUCACCCCUCAUCCAACAGCAACAUUAAGACACAUACUUUUAUUGCAGUUUUCUAUACCUGCUGCUGGCAAAAUUUUGAUGAAGAAGGCCAGGGCCCUGUCUUUAGAAGAGGUAUGAUUGCUCCAAAUUGACGACAUGUCCUCAAAUUGAUCACAAGAGGGGUGGGGGCAGGGUUUUCAUUAUGUGAUAUAAUGAGCAACUUUUUCAUGACAAUGAUGAAUAAACAAUUUUUGAAAGAAAAA